GAAAGUUGCACCAUCGAUGGUGCAUGAGGCACUUUUGUGCAAACUUCUAUAGGGCAUGUGGUAUCAAGGAGUUGGCCGAUGAUCUUCAAGAUUGUUGUCUUGCUUUCACCAACAAGCGGUUUGCCACAUUGUUCAAUGCAUUGCUCAGACACAAGAAACUUGACCCCGGUGGUCAUGAAUUUCUCAGUAAGAACAUUGUCGAAAGGAAUAUGUGGGCACGUGCUUUCGAUGAAGAUGGCCGGAGGUACGGUCAAAUGACAAGCAAUAUGGCAGAAUGCUUCAAUAAGGUGCUCAAGGGUGUACGUGCAUUACCCGUGACAGCAAUAGUUCAAUACACAUUUGACAAGAUGAAUGGAUACUUUUUGAAGUAUUCAAUGGAGACGGAUAAGCAGAUUGCUGGUGAGAACAAGGAUAAGCACAAGUACUAUUUCCCACCAAAGGUUGAAGAAUGGUUGGACUUUCAAUCACGAAAGGCAGACUCCCAAGAAGCUAUACUAUAUGAUGACAACGAGUGGAAGUAUGAGGUGAAAGAGCCUGGAGGAACCACAAACGAUGGCCACCAACACGGAGGCCGCGCUUUCAAGGUCUCCCUAACACGGUGUGAUUGCAGCUGCAUGAGGCCAUCGUUGCUUCAUCUCCCAUGCUCGCACUUGUUAAAUGCAGCCCGUGUUAGGAAUGUGGACGUCAAUCACCCUCUUACCGUGAGGGAGUCCGAGUUCUCAAUCAUGACGGUCUUGGCCGUGGUGGUGGCAGAGGCCGUGGUGGUGGUCUAGGCCGUGGUGGCGGUAGAGGCUAUGGUGGCGGUAGAGGCCGUGGUGGUGGUCUAGGCCGUGGUGGUGGUAGAGGCAGUGGUGGUGAUCUUGGCCUUGGUGGCGGCCGUGGUGGAGGAAUGUUCACUUGGCUCAAUGGACCAUUGCCGUAUGGAAACAAUGAAGGGGGUGGAGGACACAGAGGCGAAAGGUGAGCUCUCUUGGUGGUCGGAGGAGGGAGAGGAAGAAGAAGAAGAAGAAGAAGAAGAAGGGACAAGGACCAUGACCUUUUCUAUAAACCAAAAUGUGUGCUACUAUGUGAUAUGAGACGUAAAUGACUAUGUCUUUUUGGCUAAAUGUUUGUGUAUGACUAUGUGAUUAGACAACUCUAUUGCUAUGUGUGUAUGAGUAUGUGAU